GUCAACUUGCCUUUUGUUGGCUGCAUGUGUCCGCGUCGCUCCGCCCCUCCGCGUGUGUGUGUGCGUGUGCGCGUGUGUUGGGAGUCUCCGGUCCGGCGGGAUAAGGACUCAACUCGUCUCCUUCCUUUGCAGCCGAUCAGCUGGACUUGUUUCCUGCAGGGAGAUCGGACGAGUGCACGCAGCCGGAGGGAGGGAGGGGGACGCAGGCAGAGAGCGGCCGGACAGACCCGGAGACCACGAGCCAGCCAGAAGCACAGCGGGGGGCGUCCGCACCAUGUCCUUCAGCCCAAAGCACUCCACCCCCUUCUCAGUCACCGACAUUUUGAGCCCAAUGGAGGACAGCUACCGGAGGUUCGGAGGCAUGGAUCCCGGGUCCCAGCUGGGCACCUACCGGCAGCCGCAGGUCUCUCAGCCCGGUACGCAGCAUCAUCAGCACCAAUCGGCGCAGCAGCAGCCGCCUCAUCUCCAUCACCAUCACCACCACCAUCACCAUCACCACCUGUCCUCCGCCUCUUCAUCCUCAUCAUCCUCCUCUUCCUCAGCAGCAGCCGCAGCGGGACCCGGAGGGCCCUACCAGCACCACCACCACCACCACGUGCCCCACGGGGUGCCGCAGUUCUCCGGGCCCGUCGGAGGGUUCUGCAACGGCGGCAUCGGGAACGUCGGAGACCUGCCGUCCUACCAGGAGACGGUGAGGAGCGGAGGAGCAGCAGCGGCGUGGUACGGAAACCCGGAGCCCAGAUACCCGACAUUUUCCAGAUUCAUGGGCCCGUCCUCCGGGAUGAACAUGUCCGGGAUGGUGGGCAGCUUGGCCGGGAUGGACUCCGCCAAGUCCAUGGUGACGCUGCACGCAGCGCCGCGGAGGAGGCGGCGCGUGCUCUUCUCGCAGGCGCAGGUGUACGAGCUGGAGCGGCGCUUCAAGCAGCAGAAGUACCUGUCGGCCCCGGAGAGGGAGCACCUGGCCGGGCUGAUCCACCUCAGCCCGAACCAGGUCAAGAUCUGGUUCCAGAACCACCGCUACAAGCUGAAGCGGCAGUCCAAGGACAAGCAGCCGCUGCAGCAAGACGGAGGAAGCGGCGGUGGAGGAGGAAGUCUGUGCGAGACGACGACCCACCACCGCUCCUCCUCCGUGUCCCCGGUGCUCUCCAAGAACGGCAAGGGCUGCAGGAACGACUCCAGCGGCUCCAACCAGACCGGAAACCGACAAAGUAGCUCGGGGGAGGUCAUGGCGGUGACCCCGCAGCAGCAGCAGCAGCAGCAGCAGCAGGUGAACCAGCUGUCGUCCACCGAGGAGCUGGACGAUUUGUCCCCGAGUCCGCCGCUGGGACUGCACGGUCAGAUCAACAUGACGCAGACGGACGCGGCGCUAAUCGAAUACACAAACAGCAUGAUCGGCUCCAAUUUACUGUACGGGAGAACUUGGUAGGGACACCGGGAGGAGGACGGUACGGGAGCAGGCCUGUGAGGACCUCAUUCUCGGGUUGGAUUCUUUUAUUUUUAGGAGAACCGGCUGGAGGACAAAAACAAGCACCACUAUUUUGUAUUUUCUUUCAGUGCGUAAAGCUCUGGUUCCUUUACGCACACACUCAAGAGACAUUCGGUGGUUUUGAGCAACACGGUGCAAACAUAAAACUGUAUAUUACAUCCUGCUCGGAGUGUUAAUAAUGUAUUUUCUUCUUCUUCAAAACGAAAUAUUUGUCUUUUUUUGUAACCGACAGACUGCUGCUGCGUUUAAACCAUGAAAUCUGACUCGAGGGUCUUCAGGAUGAGGCACGCCCGCUGUGCUUCCCGUUCAUCUA